CUCUCGCGCUCCCCCUCGUGGAUAAGGAAUUGCGUGGCAUUCCCAAGCCCGACAGCAGCUACUGCGCAUGCUUCGAAAACUCCAUGAUUUUUUUGGCACGGGAUCCUAAGGAAAAAUAGGAACUUGGAAUCGAAGAUCAACUAAAAGCACCAUCGCAGGGCCACAAUCAAACCCAAGGUCGCACACAGACGCCGCGAAGACGCUCGAGAGGUCGCCGAACCAUUGAAUGAAGCGAUCGCGAGCGAUCAGGAUUCACGAAAUUGGACGACAAUGCAAGGGGCGCAAUAAAACCCAGCGUUAUUGCUCUUUGUUUUUAAGCAGGACGCUUCAGAUGCUGCGCGGGGAUGAAGACGCGGGGAAGUGCUUAAAAUCACACGGCGUUGAUAACAACUCUCGUAACCGGGACAUUUGUAAGUAAAGUUCGUCGAGUCGCUCGUUCUGUCUUUCGCCAGCGUUGUGCAGCGCGCGACAGAAGCAGGAAACUUCGUAAACAGACGAGAGGUUUUCAGUGUAAAGUGAAGCAUCUGAGAGGACUGGAGAGGAUUGUGUGUCCAGACAGAUUCAUUGACCUGUAUUGAGUUGUGUUGACGUUAAUGUUGUGUAAAUGUCCUACAAAGGGUGUAUUUCCCGAAUGGUGCUGACCGAGGCUGUAUAAAGAUGAACAGGUGUUGGAUGUUUGUGAUGAGAAAAUGACGGGGGGCAAUGAGAGUGCAGCACGGGAUAAAGAUGGAGGUACAGCACUCAUCGCUCAGAUACCGAUUGGCUGGCAGAGAAAAGUACAGGAUGGUGCUGUGUCCUACAUCAGCCCGAGUGGAUCUGUGCUGAGAUCAGUGGAUGAGGUCAGGGUGUAUUUGCGAACAGACGGCACGUGUAAAUGUGGACUUGAGUGCCCACUUGUCAUAAAUAAGGUUUUUAGCUUUGACCCUGCUGCAAUGGUUCAAGCUCCUGGUCAUCAGUCAAGUAAGAUAGAAGAAGACAUGACCAAACUCUGCAACCAUCGCAGGAAAGUUGAUGCCAUGGCAGCUCUAUGUCAAAGCAUGCAGCCGCCUCAACUACCCCCAACCGGAGACGUUGUGUGCUCAAUGGAAGGCAGAGAGUCGAGAGGAUCUAUCGGAGAAGGCACCCACUGCACUUACUCUCAACCGAAACACAACCAGCCCAAAUCUAGCAUCUAUCCUUUGACCUCACCUCGCUCUGUCCUGCACAACGGCUCUGUUAGCCACCUCUCACGACCUCUAGAACCGAGUUCACCCUUGAAGAAGCCCUCGUGUCAGACGCCCGUCGGAAGCAAUGCGCCUGUUUGCUUAAAACAGCAGUGGAAUCCUCACCCUCAUCUGCCUCUCUCCCAAAACAUCCUUCAAAGAACAGUGCACAAUCCCACCUCUCCCAGCAACAACAGUCUCUUCCCGAACUCCUUUUUGGCCUGUCCCUCACCGACCGGUCAAGCGGCACACCAGGGAGGAAGUGUAAAGUCGUCCUCUCCUCUGUCCGUUUGCUCCUCACCCUCACGUGCGCUAGAGUCCUUCUCACCCCAUCGGCGCUCUCGCCACUCCUCGACCUCUUCGCUAUCCGAGCAGGGAGCUUCAGGGUCCAUAUUUAUCCAAGGAGUUAAACCCUCACCGCCCACCGUGCCGUGCUCCUCUCCCAAGCUCCCAUUUACGCCCACCAGCCCGUGCGGUCGUCUGGAAGGCAUGCUACAACACUACAAAGAUUGUAGUACUACCAACACUAACACCGCCAUUAACAACCAAAGCAACCUUCAGAUGUCGCAUGUUGCAUCACCGGCUCAUCCCAACCCGAGUGACAAGAGAAACGGGGUGUCUGCAAGCCCUCUGAACUCCGCUCAAGCCUCAAACCUGCUCACUCGUCCUCUAGGACAACAGAAGAACCAGCAGAACGUCAGUAACUCUUUUCCGGCCAGCAAUCUCCUAUCUGCGGCUGCCAAAGCCCAGAAAACACAGAGCCAGCUCAACACAGUAGACGCUCAGUCCGCAGUCCUGGAAAAGGAGCAGCAGUCAAAGGUAUUGAUUAGCACUUUAAACAAUAACCUUCACCCCACCUCAUCCAGAACACAGUCCCUGACCACCCUCUUGCUUCCGCAAUCCCCUUCCUUUUCCCAACAUACCUCCGCUCUUGCCGAGAAAACGUUACGACGCAAACGCCAGCGGCGCUCGCCCACCGUAUUGAACAUGAUUAAAGAAACGCACCCGAGCCGGACGACGGGAGAUCCGUCUACGCCACCUCUCCUCAUCUCUCCAUCGCAUUCGCCUUCCUCUCCUUCCAUUCCUGUCUCAGACAACCACAGGCUCCCUGUCGCUCCCCCUUUCCAGAACGCUGCUCUUCGGCUACAGGAAGCCGAGGAAAGCAGAAAGGCAGGACUUGGUCAUUCCCUCUCCACCCCGUCUCCAUCCCAGCCCCUCUCUGCCCUGCUUCAGUUUCUUAGCAUGCAAAGUGCACAAAAUGCGACCCAGGUGUCCAGCAACACGGCUUCCUCUCCCAGCAAUAGACACACACACCUGCCGCCCUCUUCGCCGAGACCCAUCGCUCCACAAGCACCCCAACCUGCUUUACAAGUACACAUCCACCCCUCCCAAUCCCAAAACUCAGUGCCUAUCCAGGAGCCAUCGACUCAUCUGGCCCUUUCUCAAGUGUUUUCUCCGAUGGGUGACGAGACAACCGUGAACCUCAAAACAACCUCCAGUAACGCUAUCCUGAACUUGAGCCAGUCCCAUACGGGCAUGCAGCCAGACCUCAACAGUUCAGUUAUCACAAUGAUCAACCAGAUGUCCUCACCAUCUUGCUUGACACCUCACUCAGAGAAAGGUUGUGAAUCCAAAUCGACAGACAUGUGUCCAGACAACUUCACCUACCAUCAGUCAAACCAUAACCACGCUGUGGAAACAGGUCCUGUAGAGACAUUGGAUCAUCCAGACUCAGACACAAGACUACCGAGUGACUGUGAGCCUGAUCACAGCCUCUCUCUGAGCACUACCCCCACACCUGACCUCUGUAAUCCAACGGCCGACUCCCUGCCGCUAGCCGAGGCUUUUCCCUUCAUGAACCAAGACCAGCUUCUCCAGCUUCUGACGUCUAACGCCGGUCUGCCCUCCCUGCUUCCGCCCUUCCUAGGCUCCCUGCCGUUAGGGAUCUGGACCGGUCAAUCCUCUUCGCCCAAUGUCACCCAGCAGUCGGCGCAGGCGGUUGGUGGAAUCCUAAAUCAGGGUUCUCCUCUCAACGUGCUGCCAUCCACGCUGGCUGCUCAGAGUGAGCUUCCCCUAAACCUUGUUGGCCUGUUAAAUCCGGGGGUGGACGGGGCCGAAAAGCCGCCUGGACUACAAGCUCUCCUCAUGGCCUCCCUGCUGCUCGGGCAGAAUCCGGCCGCCAUGUUUCCGUUACCGGCGCUCAACCUGGAGCUUCCAACGGCCCAGCAGCAGGUGUUCACAGAGGGGAUGUCUCUGGAGAAGACACCUGCUCUGAUGGACUCUGUCCUGAUGGGGCCGGGGCUCCUGGAGGCUCUUCAAACCUUAGCUCUUCCUGCAGAAGUCCAAUCGCUCCUCCUGUCUGCGCCUCUCACCCCACCUGCCUUUCUCUCCCUAAAUCCUGCUCUGUUAGCGGCAGCUCUCGGCCAGACUGAACCCCUCCCUAACCACACGCCAUCCCCCCCGCUUCAUUCUCAGGGCUCUCUGUCCAGCCCUGCUUUAGUUUCUACCUCGGUGUCCUGUGGUCCUCUGGCGCCCCCUUCAGGACAGGAAGUAUGUGACCCUAUAACUGAGCAGGACAAAAACACUCACUUCUUACCCCAUCUCAUUGGACCUGGGGUUCUUGGUGACCUCACAGCUCUUCAUAGUUUAUUAGGCCCGGGUCCACUGUUACUCCCUCAGGGCUCGUCUCUGAUGACACAGAACCAAACAGCCCUUAACCCUCUCACCUGUCUACAGCUUGCAAUGGGACCUACACUAAUGACAGAAAAGUCAGUCAAUCUGCACGAGAGCCCUCCAUCACAACAAGAACUUCCAUCGGCUCAUACAUUGAACUCGGUUCAAACACCUGCGCACCAGAGAGAGGGUUCGACGGGCAGCGGGACGGGUCUGUUCGACCCGUACGGCUCUUUUAUGGACACCAUCUACACCUCGUUCCUGCAGGUUAGCGAGCGCACAGAGAGUGGCUCUGACUCGACUCCCCUGUCAUAUCCAGAACUGCCGCCCCUCCUUCAACAGGCCAGCGCUCCGCACUCCCUCAGCCCACGCCGGGCGUGUUCGGUACACAACCAGGACCUGUCGUGUCUCGGAAUGGAGACUGCCCAGUCUCCGGCCCGUGGCACGCCCAAACCAAGCGAGGAACCCUCUACACCACCACCCAAUAAACCAGCGGGUGUGGACACUCUGUCGGAUGCCCCUCUGCAGUCUGCCUUCAUGGAGGAGGCCAAGACAGAUGGGUCGUCUAAAGUGUGUCUCUAUAGCAAUGGGAUCGGUUCAGGAAUGGAGGGAAGAGCAGAAAACAAUAAGGAUGAAGAAGACGAUUAUGAUGUGGGACGAGGCCGACCAGCAUAUUUGAGUCCCGGUGAGAGAGCGCUGGAUGACAUCACUGAACAAGAGAGGACUGAAGACAUGCACACAGGAGCCAAGAGAGGCCGCAAGAGAAAACAAUCUCUUCAGAGGGGGGCGGAGCUUCCGGAGGGGAUCGACAGCAUCAUAGAGGAGCCCACAGUGACGAAAACUCUGUCACGGCCGGCGAGAUCCACCCGGGGAAAGAGACGGCGCGUGGUUCGAUAGAUCCCCUCAUCUUACUGUACUCUAUCACCAACACCAGCACUGUUGCUAUGGCAACACAACCAUCAGGCCACACUGUGAAGUGUGUCCAUUUGAAUCCGGUGUCUCAAGUUUUCUGAUUUUUUUUGUACAAAUUCUGUUGAUGUUUUUGUCUUUCGUCUGGGUGCCUGUGAUCUCAAAGUGAAACACUACGAGCUUUCUUCAUGAAACACGAGAACGUUUGUGUGAUUCGUAUGUGAAGCAAAUUUGUUGCUUAGAGUUCAGUGUGACAUUUGAUGCAUAAAUGAAGUUUAUAGACAUUUUUGUCUGCUCGUGUUUCAUGAAGAAGUCGGAUAAUUGUCGCAUGGAUGUGAUCAGUUACGCUGUUUAUUCUCAACUCUGACCAAAUGACUCGCAUCAUGAUUGUGUGAUUUCAUCUUUUAAACUGUCGUGUACCUCAUGACCAGUAGGUUUGUCAGUAUGUAUGUGUUUAUGUGUGUGUAUGUGUGUGAAGAGAUAUUAUUGUGUAUUUGUAGAGGCUUAAGUUGUGGACUGUGUCAGCACAAAGCUGUGUAUUAACCUGAGCUCUCAUGAGCCACUUCAGCCACAGGAAUUAUAACUGAAUAUUUAAAAUAAUGACUUGAUAAUAAGGCUAAUUAUGCAAUUUUACUAUGGAUUUUUAUGUAAAUAUGUACAGUUUUAGUAUUUUAUUUUGUACACCUUUUUUAGGAUAAAAUGAUCAAUGUGUAAAAUAUUUCUCCUGCAGAGAAACCGUUCCUCUCACAUUCACGUUUGCUUUGUAAUGAAAAGAUAAUUGUGAACGAGUAGCAUUUCCUUUUUUAUCAGGAGUUGAUUUUUAUUUAACAAAUUAAAAUGUUUUAAACAGUGAAA